AUGUCUGAAGAGUUUGGUGAUUUGUUUGCCCAGCCUGAGCCAGAACCUCAGCCGGUUGACCUGCCUAGUUUCGUUGACUAUGAACGCCAUUUGAGCAGCGUUGUCCCGCAAAAAAUAAACCUUCGUUUAGUUGGUAAAAAUCCCCUCUGGGGCCAUUUGCUCUGGAACGCUGGCAAAGUAUCCGCAGAAUACAUUGACGAGCACAGCAAAGAGCUCGAAGGCAAGACGGUUCUUGAGCUUGGUGCUGCUUCGGCGCUGCCUUCUUUGUUAGCUUCUUUAAGUGCACAGAAUGUCGUCGCUACCGACUACCCUGAUCCGGACCUACUUGAGAACAUUGAAUGCAACAUUAAAACGCUUAAGAAAGACGCGGGCCGUGAACUUCCUAUCUGUGCUCAGGGUUACAUUUGGGGGAAUGAGACACAGGCCCUACUGAACGCACCCGGUCAGAAUGGCCGCAAGUUUGAUUUCAUCAUUCUCUCGGACGUUGUCUUCAAUCACACUGAGCACGAAAAGCUUAUCAGGACCUGCAAAGAGACGCUAGCUCCUGCUGGUCAGGUUUUGGUGGUGUUUACCCCGCAUCGACCCAAGUUGUUCGAGAAAGAUUUAGCCUUCUUUUCUUUAGCUGAGGACAACGGCUUUGUCUGUGAAAAGCUCUUCGAAAAAGAGCUCAAGCCCAUGUUCGAGGAAGACGAAGAAUCAGUGCAUAUCAGAAGCAUGGUCUUUGCCCACCUCUUGCAUUGGUGA